GAGCCUUUCAACGGGGACAGAAGGGAAAGAGUCUCCGUUUCAAUGGAAUAAAAACUGCGCAAUUUCUUUAAAGACUGCGUGCUCUGAUCGCGGCGGACCGUUCCUCUCUAGGAAAUGGAUAUCAGUUGUGUUUUUGGAUGAUUAGGGAAUCCGUGCCCAUUGCAAACCCCCGCUGCCUCGGACGCUACAGAAGCUGGCGAUUUUUUUACCAGAUGGUCUUCAGAGGAGGAAACGAGCUGUGCAAUCAUUUAGAAAGGCGAUAUGACUGUGCAGAGAUGCAAGAUCAGUGAUGAGUCUUAUCCGUCAUGCCUUGCCCAUGGGCGAUCCACAUUUUCUCAGCCCGGGCUUGUGAUCCAUCUGCGUGUACAGCAGCUCCCCGUGUCGACGUUUGCACCUAAACGCGUUAUGGAUGUUGAAUGGGGUUUCAUGUAUUUUUUUUUAUUUUAUUUUUUUUUUGGGAGAGGGCUUUUUAGGGGGCUGCGUCAUCCGCGGCUGGGGGAAAGGAGAUGGACCGCUUUUGCAGAUUUUCCACUAUUACACUGUUUUUACAGCGAGAGUCAGCGCGGCACCUCCCCACCAGCACAUUUUGGAUUGCACAUAAAAGGGAAGAAGUGAGGAACAUGGACAAGCAUCGCGGUGCUGUGCUUGAAGAACCGGCGGCGCCUGACUGAAGCCAUGAGUGAAAUGUCCUACUGGGUGUCUGACCUACUGUAGGCAUGAAUGGGCAAAUGUUAAAUCACCAGCGCCGCCUGUGAAGAGGAACUGCUCAGUCUGGGAAGGGAAAACGCUGAUGGCCUUCCUUAGUGAUGGGGAGCCAUCUGCAUUUUACUGCAAGCCCUCACCUGCCCAGGUACAGGCAAUAUCUGGCCCACCCAGUCAGUGCACAGCAGUGACAGGAGGUGGGACGUGUCAUGGUGGCCUGCUGAAAGAGACAGACUGCAUUACCCAUGAUCACCGGGGUUGAGGAGACCCCACAGAGAUGAUUGGCAGCCGAAGCUGAGAUUUAACACAACUGUGAAUCAAUAACUUGGUGCUACUCUAAAAGCCAAUAGGCUUUUGGGUUCUUGGUGCUAAAGCAAGAGGAGUCGGACAGUACAGUUAUUCUCAGUGUUGGAGUGAGGCCCUCUCUGUGCUGCAGUGGAGGGCUUCACAGACACCGCUAGUUUGGCUGGAUGCAUCACGCAGUAGAGCAGUUUGGCGGGCGUGGCACACGGGAUUCCUUCCCUCUGGACGGACUCCACCGGGGACCAUGGCCUCCCGUGGGCGGCCGCGCCUGGCAGCCACCUGCCAGGUGUUUGUCUGGAAUGAACCAACACCAACUCCUUUCCCAUCUACCUCCUGGUCCUAUGGGCGGACUGAACCAUCCCAGUAAAUUCUUUAAUAAUGGGCCCAUGCGUGGUGAGAAGCUUGAGCUCCCACAGCCAGUGUUACCAGGUCUGCAGAGGGAGCAGCAGAGACCCCCUCCUCAUCAUCUUCAUCCUCCACCUCCCCACAGAGCAUGGGAGCAACUAGGUCAGCUGUAUGAAUCCCACGUCCCUCCUCAAGGACAUCCUGUUAUGCCCCUGCCCAAUGAGCACUCGCUUCGUCUCCAUAAUGGAGGCUAUGCAGGCAGCGGCGGACCUCCCCCCAACCCCCAUCAUCCCCCAAACAGGCCCAACCAACUGCUGAAGUUUGGGGGUCCUCAGGAGCAGCAUGUUCCCCGGGGUCCACAAUUGCUGGGAGAUGAGAUGUGGGCUCAGGUGCACCAGCAGAGGGGCUACCCAGGGAAGAUGUUAGGGGGUCAGCUAAAGAGACCGGGCCCUCCAUUGGGCGAGCACUCUGUUAUCCAGCACACUCCUCCGCCAUCACUGCACCCGUCGUCUCGCCCGGUUGCAGAGGACUGUCCCAGCCCCAGCAAGAGGAAAAAGAGUUCGGAUCAGGUACCCCAUCCUGGGCUGCAGCGUUUUCCUGGCCACUCUUUGCUAUCUCAGCACCAGUUGUCAGCCCACCACCUCCCUCCAAAACCUGCCUUUUGGAACCCCCUUCACAAGAACAACAGCACUCCCUGGCAGACAUCGGACCGCAAGAAUCCAUCAUUGCAGGAGUUCCAGGAAUCCAACAAACAAGGAAUGGGCAGCUACACCCAAAAGUCCUCUCCUGUCUCUUCCACCCCUUCAAACCUCUCCCCUCCACCAAACUCCUCUCCGGGAAGCUACAACCAGGGAUGUGCUCCUCAGCUCCAGAAAGACACAUUCCAACCUCAGGCUGUAAACCAGCAGUCCCCUCACUCCUCCUACCCCAGCUCCAGCUCCAAACUGGGGCUAGCUCCACCCUGCCAGGCCAUGGAACGUCAUGGUCCUCACAACCAGAGAGGCCCUCUCAUUGGGGGCCAAGGUGGCAGCCAAGCUACCUCUCACACUGCAUCUACCCCAACAAGGGGAGACAGAGAUCAACACCUACAUGCUCAGUUGUCACCAGCAAACCCUCCUGCAACCAGCAGCAACAACAACAACAACAGCAGCAACAGUAGUGUGCCUUACAGCCACUUCCAGCCUCAUCCAGGACUGGGGCACCAGGGUCCACCUCCUCCUGCCAGCAGCACCUCAGUACCUCAGCAACAGCAAAGUGGGAUCUAUGAGCCCUGGAAGUACCAGAGCAGGGCCAGCAGUCACUCCCUAGAGUCUGGUAUCUACAGGCCUCCAGGACUGCUACCUCAGCGCCAGCAGAGCCACAAUCAGGUCGUGGAUAGUCAGGUUCCAGCUCCCUCCCAGCAUCACCGUCAUGUCAGCCCUCCUCUCCCACCAACCAACUCCACUCGAACACCUGUCAUCACCCCCAAUCUUCCCAUAUCCCAGGCCUCCUGCUCCAUCGGCGGCUAUAGCGGCAGCUCGAGAGGAACUAUGGCUGGUGUCUCCACGCUAACCACAUCACCCCCUGCUGGUUGCCCCGUGAACAAUGGCAGCAGUAAUAACAGUUGGCAGAGAGGAAGAGAGCCAGUCACCCAAACCUCCACCAACGCUAGCUCCACCUCUCAGCUGGAUGCCCUGCUGCAGCCAGGAUUUCAGAGAGGCCAAACUGCCACUGCCAGCCAGCCUCACCAACAGGGACUGCCCAGACCACAACAACAGGGAUCCACCAAGUCCCACCCUAUGAAGGGGAAGAUGGCAUACUAUGCUCAGGCUGAACUGGAGCAACCUCCUGCAUUUUCCUCAUCAUCAUCUUUGUUCUCAGGGCACCAGAGGGCCGGGGACAGUGUGAUUACAAGCAGAGUUUCAAAUCCUCUCCCUAGCUCUCCCACUACAUACUGCCCAGCUCCUCGCUCCGCUGUCAACUCUGCCCCUCAGCCAUCCAAUCCAGCCCUCUCCUCCAGACUGCGUCAUCAGCCAGACUCGACACAGGCGUACUCUCAGCCCCAGAUUCGUCCACCAGCUCCGACUUCUGGCCCUCAGUCCAUCGAAGAGGCUCUAGACAAGCUUGAUGCAGAGCUAGAGGGUCAUAUGCAAGCUGAGGAAAGGAAGAAGAGGGACCGAGAGGAGCGAGAGAGGAAAAUGAGAGAGGAGGAGAGGCGGAAGAAAGAAUGGGAGAUGAGACAAAAGCGGGAUGAGGAGAGAAAGAGGAAAGAGCUGGAAAAGAGGGAGGAGGAGAGGAAAAAGAGAGAACUGGAUAGACAGGAGGAGGAGAAGAGAAGGAGAGAGUGGGAGAGGCAGGAGCAGGAGAGAAAAAAGAAACAAGAAGAGGAGAGGAGAAGGAGAGAAGCAGAGAGGCUGGAGGAGGAGAGGAAAAAGAGAGAAUGGGAGAGGCAGGAGGAGGACAGGAAAAAGAGAGAAGGGGAGAAGAAGGAGCGGGAAAGGAAGAGGAGAGAGUGGGAGAGGCAAGAGGAGGAGAGGAAGAAGAGGGAGGCAGAGAGGCAGGAGCAGGAGAGAAAGAAGAGAGAACUGGAGAGGCAGGAGGAAGAGAGGAAAAAACAAAGAGAGUUGGAGAGGAGAGAGGAGGAGAAAAAGAGGAUGGAACGAAAGCGGGAGGAGGAACUGUGUAGUGCAAAAGACAAAGAGCAAACGAAAAGAGCUAUUGAAAAUCUGGAGAGACUGUUCUCCAGCAACUCUUCCCAAACACCACCACCUCCUCCUCGCCUCUCUUCUGUUACUGCUCCUCCUUCAGGUCCGCCACCCCCCAGCUCCCAGGCUUCGCCCCCUUACCCCUGGCUAAGCCGUGGUGGCAUACUUCCCUGUCCACCAGGCCAGACACCCACUACUACUACUCCUGUAGAAAGGCUGCGUCCGCCCCCUCUAACACCUCAGACUGAGUACGCCAGAGAAAAGCAGAGGCAGAGGGAGAUGUGGGGCAACAAUGGUGGAACGACUUUCAGUCCCUCAUCGACACACAGUACCUCAGGGAUGAAUCAGUCGGUAUACCCCAACAAGCCCCCGGCAAUGCAAGCCGCACCCAACCAAUCCAAAGACUCAGCCAGGGAGAGAGACAGCAGCCAACACUCUCUCCCUACCUUGGCACUUAGAGAGCCCCCCAAACUGUAUCAGGCUUUUCCCAGAGAAAACCUUCCACCACCAACUUUAUCCUCCACCUCCAGCUCCACAAGGGGAAUCCUCAACAAGCAGGUGACAGGAAGUGGCUUGGAAAAUGCCAGCAGCUGUGGCGCUGACUCUGACAGUGCUCAGUUUGAGGAGGAGCCCGCCGAGAUGUCCACACUGCUCCGUGAUGGUCUGGCUAAUAUCAUGGCCAUGCUGGAUGAAUCUAUCAAAAAGGAAGAGGAGAUGUAUAACAGUGAAAAGACUGGCUUUUCUCCUAGUGACCAGCCCAUCAAGAGCUACCUGUGUGCCCCAGACCUCAUUCCAGCAACAAAGCCCAACCAGGAAGACUUUGGAUCCAAUCCACAUGCUAGCCCUCCUGUGCUCAGUCGCCAAGGCUCUCUGGCAUCCCCAUGCAGCCGAACAUCUUCUCUCAACGAGGAGGAUGAAGACUACCUUAAACCCUCUCCAAUCGUCCCUCUCAACCCUAAACAGUCAAUGGACAUCGGAAUGGGAGUAGGGAACACCAAUUACCGCCACAGUGACCUGGCUAAACUUUAUGGCCUCCCUGAGCAGACUAAAAGUGAGGCUGAUGAGGAGGACGAUGAAGACGAUUCUGAGACCCCAUCUUGUUCUCCACCACCCCAAAGACCCCACCUCCACCAAACAGGUGUAAACAGCAUGUUCAGAUCUCUUGCAACAGUCCUGGAGAGCCAGAAGUAUGCCUACCGUGGUGGACCCUUUGGGAGACCCCCUCCAUCAGCGCUGCUUGGCGUCAAAUAUUCCUCUUCGCUGUCACUGGGCCCUGACAUCUGCCGCCAGCAGCAAGGCAGCUCUCCCACGUCAGAUUCAACCAAUCCACCAUUCAGUCCAGCUCUCCCACCUCUCAAGUCCUCUCCUCCUCUGCUAGAGGACAAGAAACUGAAAAUAGAGGACUAUGAUGUCUGGGGAGAUGAUGGAGAAACAGAGGAAAGAAUGAACUCUACCAAAAAGGAGAGUAUUUCUACCACAAAUCCCAUUAAAGUGGUCAAGGAGGAGCAACUGCUGACGACCAUCUCUGAGUCAUCUCUGGCAGAACUGGGCAAGAGCUGCGAGGUCAUGCUUAGUCGACAGUCACUUCCUAACAAGAACUCCCUUGAUAAUCUUGACAGCCAUGGCAUAGUGGACAGACACAAACCUGAGAAAGUAAAGGAACACAGAGAGAAAGACAGACACAGAGACAGAGAGAGGGAGAGAGAGAGGGAGAAAGAGAAGAAGAGAAAGCACGGUCACAGCCACAGUAGCAGCAGGAAGCAUGAAGACAGGAAAGAAAAGAAGCAUAGAGAAAAGAGAGAGGAAAUGGUCUUCUCUUCUUCAUCAUCCUCAUCCUCAUCAUCAACCUCAUCCUCAUCUUCCACUCAUUCCAGCUCCAGCCACAAGCGGCACAAGGAUGGCAAGAGCCAUAAGGAGAAGAAGGAUCGCAGAAUUCUCGGUGACCUCAACCUCCAGCGCAAGGAGGGGUCUGAGAAGAAUCGCAGUCAUUAUGACUCAGAUAAAAAGAAACGCAAGGAGGCGUCCAGUGCCAGCUCCACUAGUGAAGAGGAGCAUGCAGAAUGUUCUUCGAAGCACAAAAAAGGCUCUGAAUCUGGUUCUUCAUUGGGCUCAACAGACUUCUUGAAACUAAAGGCACUGUCAGAUGGGCCACCCAAGGAGCUGAAGAUUCGCCUGAUCAAAGUGGAGAGCGGGGACAGGGAGACAUUUAUCGCCUCUGAGGUGGAGGAAAAGAGGAUCCCACUGGAGGAAAUCAGCAUCAAGAACACUGCCAGUGAAAUCAUCAGGUCCUGCAAGAGUUCCAGAGUGAAAGGGAAGUUCAGAGAAUCUUUUUUGCUCCCAGCCUUCUCUGUCAAGCCCAUCAUGAGUGCAGAUGAACCCAUUCCUAGAGAGAAACUCAACCCUCCUACACCCAGCAUCUAUUUGGAGAGCAAGAGGGACGCCUUCUCCCCUGUGCUGCUGCAGUUCUGUACAGAUCCCAAGAAUCCUGUUACUGUCAUCAGAGGCCUGGCUGGAUCUCUACGACUCAACCUGGGACUGUUUUCUACAAAGUCACUGGUGGAAGCCAACGCAGAGCAGGCGGUGGAGGUUAGGACACAGGUGCAGCAGCCUGCUGAUGAGAACUGGGACCCCAGUGGGACCGGUCAGACGUGGCCCUGUGAGAGCAGCCGCUCGCACACCACCAUCGCCAAGUACGCCCAGUACCAGGCCUCCAGCUUCCAGGAGAGUCUGCAGGAGGAGAAAGGCAGUGAUGAGGAAGAUGAAGAAGAUGAUGAGAAGGAGAAGAAGCCAUCCAUUAGUUCUGACACUCCCAUCAAAGACAGCUCUAAAGAAAGUAGCAGUGCUGAGCAGAAACCAGUGGGGAAGAUAAUUAAAUUUGGCACUAACAUUGAUCUCUCAGAUCCCAAAAGGUGGAAGCCCCAGCUUCAGGAGUUGCAGAAGCUGCCAGCAUUUAUGCGUGUAGCAUCCAGUGGAAACAUGCUGAGCCACGUUGGACACACCAUCCUGGGCAUGAACACUGUCCAGCUCUACAUGAAGGUUCCAGGGAGCCGAACACCAGGUCACCAGGAGAACAAUAACUUUUGCUCUGUGAAUAUCAACAUCGGCCCUGGAGACUGUGAGUGGUUCUCUGUCCAUGAGAACUACUGGCACGCCAUCAGUGACUUCUGUGAAAAGCAUGGAGUGGACUACCUUACAGGGUCUUGGUGGCCAGUGUUGGAGGACCUGUACAAAGCCAACAUCCCUGUGUACCGCUUCAUCCAGCGUCCUGGAGACCUGGUGUGGAUCAACGCUGGAACUGUUCACUGGGUUCAGGCUGUUGGCUGGUGCAACAACAUCGCCUGGAACGUCGGACCUCUCAGUGCUUACCAGUACCAGCUGGCCAUGGAGAGGUUUGAGUGGAACGAAGUCAAGAAGGUCAAAUCCAUCGUCCCCAUGAUUCAUGUGUCCUGGAACGUGGCCCGUACUGUAAAGAUCACUGACCCAGACACCUACAAGAUGAUUAAACACUGCCUGCUGCAGUCCAUAAAGCACAUCCAGAUCCUGCGGGACCAACUAGUGGCUGAAGGCAAGAAGCUUUCCUAUCAGAGUCGGGUCAAGGACGAGCCCGCCUACUACUGCAACGAGUGUGACGUGGAGGUGUUCAAUCUGUUGUUUGUGACAAGUGAGAGCAACAGCAGGAAGACAUAUGUGGUUCACUGUGAGGACUGCGCACGUCAGCGUAGCCCAAACCUGAACAACGUAGUGGUGCUGGAGCAGUACCGCACAGAGGAGCUCAUGAACACAUAUGACUCCUUCAACCUGGCCUCCUCCUCCCGGUGACAGAGCUCCUCCUUCGUCUCCUCAGCCAUAACCAAAACUCCUGCAAGCCAGGACAAAAGACACAGUUUCACUUUGGUUUUCAACUUACCUUUCAUUAUUUAAGAUCAUUUUUGCUACUACUACUACUGCUAAUACUUGCCGAACAGCCAGUUGAAUACGUUUACUCAUCAUUACUGUUUACAAAAAGAAAUACCAAGCCGCCAAUAACAUACCAGUUUACUCUCAGAUGGUGCUUUCAACCAGAAACCCUGGCAACAGUGAAGUUGAGAACCAGGGGGCAGUUGGUGCUGCCAUUGAAGAAACUAUGGAGGGUAGUUGAUGGUUUCAAUGGCGUGUUUCUGUCAGUACCAGAGAGAACUUUUUUCUGUUGUCGUCUUGAAUACUGAAAUUUGUACAUGCUGUUUGCAAUUUUUGUGGGGUGCUGUCUUUUUUAAAAUAAUUUAUUGUUUUGUUUUUUCUAAACUAGAUCAGCCUAGAUAUAUACCACAUUGGCCUUGUAUUUAGAAAAGAGAGAAAAUGAAAAAUACUAAUAAUAGAGAUAUGAACAUUUUUCUAAAGCAUUAAGAAUUUUAAAAAAUACAAAUGUUUGGAAUGCUUCAAAACAUACGGGUUUUAAUGACUUUGGUUGUUUUUGGGGGGAAUUCAUUUUGUCUUUAAGAUUCUUGUAUGUGUUGUAAAUCUUGUGUUUGUAUGAAUUAAACUUUUAUUUUCUCUGGAGAUUAAUAUUCAGUUGACACUCAUCAGGUCUUUUUGUUCAUUUCAACCAUCUCUGUAUGAACUAUCUCUUUAAAAAAAGAAAAAAAUCAUUGUCAUCUGGUGUUUGUGUGUUGUACCUCUGAUUGUUUUGUUCCAAUAUGCAGAAUUAGUAUUUCCUGGUUUUUUUUUUUUGGCAUUGUACAUUUAAUUUAAAAUGUUUCCUCUAUUUAUUGGAUAUCAAUGUUCUCCCUUUUUUAAUAGGGUUGUACAAGUUUGCGUUUUUUUUCCCUUAUUUUUUAUAGUGACCGAUUGCUCUGUAAGAACUGAAAUGUGGGGGUUGUGUGUCCACAGGAGUGGAGGCUGCUGUUUUUGUUGGUGCUUGCCUCUCAACUCCUGCCUUUUUCUCCUGAUAUAUAUUAAAUGAUAUCUUUAUCUUGAAUAUAACGCCACCUUUCCUGUAGACGAUAGGCACACUGCUCACGUAGAGAAGAUGACUAAUGGAAUGCUGUGUUUGUAUGCUCAUUAAGGAAAAAACUAAAUGACUUUUUCCAAAGUGUUUUGAGAAAUGUUAAAUUUUUUUAUCAUGUAGGGGGCUUUUAGACGAGAUUUUAAUGAUUUUAUGAUAUCUGUUGAACAUGAUAACGGGAUAGAUGGUGCUAAAUGUUCUCUUUGAACAACCUUUCUUUUUCUGUUUGUCUUCUUAAAAUGAGAAUUCUAUUUUUCCUGUUGCAAUAUUACCUUACCCUUUUCCUUCUCUUUGUGGUCAUUUAUUUAUAACUGCACUGUUUAGAGAAUUCACACAGACAUACUUGCAGACACACACACCAAACUGAGCCAGACAUGUCUUAAACACUUGUGAAUUUGUGUGACAUUACUAUGACUAUUAAUAAACGCUUUUUGAUAAAUCCAGAACUUA